AACGAUCGAUUCUGUUCUUUCCGUCCGUCUCGAAAGGCAAUAAUUUUUCGAAAAGGAGAAAGAUCGUCGUAGAGGAAACAUAAAGGAGCGAGACGAGGAAAGGGGGAAAAAAGUUGGCGGAGCGGAGGUAUAGCAAUUGGAUGCAACGCUCGAGGAAUCCGAGAACCGACCGGAUGCAACGCCAGAAUGGGAAUGCGAGGCAACGCGCGCGCCGCAAGAGUCCGUUACUCGUAUCGGGUAUUUCCGAGAACACGACUAUAAACAAACAAACACACGGAGAGCGAGAGCGAGCGCGAGAGGGUCGGAGGGAGAGAGGAAAGAGAGAAGAUAGGAAAGGGAGGUACGCAGAGUGCGCGCGCGUUCAUUCGCGCGUGCCCUACCUUCCAAGGCGAGAGAGCGCACUCUGCGAGCCCGAAGAUGGUAGGGGUGACAGGGAGUGGGGAUAGUGGCGCCGUCGCUCCGACUAUCCCCGCCGGGGCGCCGACGCAUGCGCGCCGACCGAAAUUCCCCUCCUUCUUACCGCAACUAACCGUAUGGACUUUUUCCCCUCGAACGGUCAAAUUCGAACGCGAACUCGUCGCCGCGCCAAUAAACAAUUCCGAAUGUUUAUCCGUCCUCGCGAUAGUAGGCCGACGUCGACGGGCGUGCCGGAUCGUUAGCCGAUGGACUCUCUUUCCUUCUCCUUCCAUCCUCGACUACGUUCUUCGCUGCCUUUCCGACUCGUCCUUUUCUUUUUUUUACGUCGUUACGAUCGACAACGACGAGGAGGAGGAAAGAGAUUCGAGGCGUAGUCCUUCGUUGCGAUUUUCGCACUCGACCACAGCGCGUGUGGCGAACCAGGCGCUUACCGUUUCGCCACAGCCGGCAGUAACGGUGGAGGGGCCGGUGUCCAAAAUGUCUCCACCGACGAACGACGUGACCAACGGUGUAGUGGCGCCAGCAGCCACCUUGGCGCCCCGAGUUCCUACGAACCCUUCGCUCACCACCGUAAAUCCGCUCACGCACAAGCGCACUCCGAAGGAUUUCAUCUUUGGCAAGGUGAUCGGCGAGGGAAGCUUCUCCACCGUUUACCUCGCCAAGGAUAUCCAUACCAGCAAGGAGUACGCGAUAAAAGUGUGCGACAAGCGUCACGUCAUCAAGGAGAAAAAGACCGAGUACGUGAAACGCGAGAAGGAGGUGUUGAACAUGCUCGCGACGGCGAAACACUCGUUCGUGCGUUUGUUCUGCACCUUCCAGGACAUGGAAAGACUCUAUUUCGUCCUAUCGUACGCGAAAAACGGCGAGCUUCUACCUUAUAUCAAUAAGGUUGGCUCCUUCGACAUCGAAUGUACCAAGUUCUACUCGGCGGAGAUCCUGCGUGGUCUCGAAUACCUUCACGGUCUCGGUAUCAUUCAUCGCGAUCUCAAGCCGGAGAACAUACUUUUGGACGAGAAGAUGCACCUGCUCAUUACCGAUUUCGGCAGCGCUAAAAUCCUCAAAGAUCCGGAGACCCCGCAAGUGAUGGGACCUCCGGCGGAUGACGCUCAACAACAGCAGCAGCAGCAGCAGCAGCCGCAACAACAGCAACAGCAGCAGGGUCGCAAGGAACGCAGAGGUUCCUUCGUCGGCACCGCGCAAUACGUCUCACCGGAAUUACUGACGGACAAAACGGCGAGCAGAGCGUCGGAUCUUUGGGCGCUCGGCUGCAUCGUCUACCAGAUGGUCGCCGGUUUGCCGCCGUUCCGUUCGCGGAGCGAAUACUUGAUAUUCCAAAAGAUCUUGAAGCUCGAGUACGAAAUACCCGAUGGCUUCUGCGAGUUGGCCAAGUCCCUCGUCAGUCGUCUUCUCGUGCUCGAACCCAACGAAAGACUCGGCGCUCAGGACGAGCACGGCGCCGGUUAUCCCAGCAUUCGUGCUCAUCCCUUCUUCGAGGGUGUCGACUUCGAGACCCUUCACGAACAAACGCCUCCGCCGAUUUAUCCCUAUUUGCCCGGCACGUCGGAGCACGAGGAACUCAGGUCGCAGUACAGAGUUCCGGACCAUCUCGAGCCCGGGCUCGACGACAAGCAGCUAACGAGACUUCUCGGUCUUGGCAUCGGCGAGGACGACGACGACGACGAUGACGACGACGACGACGACGAUGACGAGGAAGACGACGAACGCGAGAACGAGAACAACGCGGACAACAGUGCCGAACCUAGCGCCAACGAGCCGAGCAAACGAACCAUCGACAAGCCCGCUCGACGCGCUGCUGUACUUGCCGCCGCCGCCACCGUUGCCGAGAGACAACCGAGAAAGACCAGGACCUCCGGAACCGAAAGCAACAUCGCCGAUCUCACGCCCGAGGAGAUCAGAAACCGAUUGGAGAAGCAACGCGCGUCCAGUCAGUGGGACGUCUUCGUCGAGGGCAAUCUCAUCUUGAAGCAAGGAUUCGUCAACAAGAGAAAGGGCCUCUUCGCUAGACGGAGAAUGCUCCUGCUCACGACCGGACCUCACCUAUAUUACGUCGACUCUGUCAAUAUGGUGCUCAAGGGUGAGAUACCCUGGAGCCCCGAACUCAGGGUCGAGCCCAAGAACUUUAAGAUUUUCUUUGUCCAUACUCCAAACAGGACGUAUUAUCUCGAAGAUCCCGAGGGAUUCGCAUUAGAGUGGUGUAGAGCUAUCGAGGAGAUGCGAGUCCAUUGUUACGGCCUGCAGGAAUCCACCGCUUAAGAAAAAAGUUGUCCGAGAGCAAUGACCACGACUCGAUCGCGAUACCCGUCCGAGAAGACGACGGUAGAGAUUCGAUAAUUUCAUCUUUUCGAAUUUUGACGUUAUAUAGGAAAGAAUUUGUUACAUGUAUAUAUAUAGACACGUAGGAAGACAUCGUAGGGACCGAUAGAUGUCGCUUCUACUUUAGUAAAGAUACUCUAGAUCGUUUGGUCGUUUCCCCCUCGAUUCUCGAGGGAUCUUCUUAAAGUUAGGUAAAUUAUCGUUGCAAGAGGCAGUGACAAGCUGCUUCGAGACACGAAGGGUAGAGCGAAUUGUUUAGGGACAAGUAUUUGCGAAGCCGCAUCGGUCGUUCAUCGAUGUAACGUGAAUGUGACGCGGCGUCGUGCGAAGCUUUAGGAAAAUUCUUUACAAAGUAUUUAUAGUCGAAAUUUCUAUUUAACGAUUAGAAGAGAAGUGGCUCCGAGGAAAGGUCGGAUGAGAGUGUAGAAUUAAGAGACGAUGUUUACAGCGGAUCGACGAAAUAGAAAAGGAAAAACGUUGGGAGGAGUUUAGACACAGACCACCACCACCACCACCACCCCUUCGCAGCUUUAAUAAUAUCGCUUAUUUUUCUUACGUUAGCCGAGAAACGAUCGGUCGAACUUGCCUGCGUAUCCGAUUUUUUUUUAUUCUUAUUUUUUUUUCUUUUUUGUCUCUUUCUCUUUUUUCGUCUCCCUAUGGUACCUGUCUUGUAAAUACAAAAGAACCAUUUCACUCGAAAAGCAGGGCAAAGACUUUGCGAAGCGAGGAUGCAUGCCUAUGCAUCCCCAUUAUACAUAUAUUUAGAAUUAAUAAUUAGCGUAAUUCGUAAGUACAAAACAGUGUGUGUUCUCGUCGCGUCGUCAUCGAUCCGCUUCUCCUCGGGUUUUUGCUCUUGUUCCGUUUUCUCGUCGCGACCAUUUAAUCGGGCCCUCGCGGAUUUUGAAGAAAAAGAGAAAAAAGACAAAAGAAAAAGAAAAACGGCAGUUCGGGAACGCUAAGAACGAAAAUCGUGUGGUACGUCGACGUAGAGCAGGGUGGGCUUGCGUCGACAAAAGUUGAAGAGAGCACUGAUAAACGAUGAUUUUCUCCUACCGCGAAGAUAUGGAUACGGGAAAAAUCGAACGCGAUCCUAUUUAGAUUAAAUAGAUAAUCUUGUUUUUUCGCCUAGCUUUAAGAAACAAAUAGGUAAUUAUAAUAUAUUUAGAGAAAGCGCACCGAAAUUCGCUCUUACUCGCGUGCGUCGGUAUAACUUAUUUUCCUUCGCGUUAAGCCAAUCAUUAUCGUUAUCUCAUUAUUCGCUAUUAUUAUUGCUAUUAUUAUUAUUAUCAUUAUUACUAUUACUAUUACUAUUAUUAUUAUUAUUAUUAUUAUUAUUAUUAUUAUUAUUAUCAUCAUUAUCAUUAUGAUCAUCGUCAUCAUCAUUAUCAUCAUUAUAAUUGUAUACCUUUUAAUAACUCUAGAAUGCAUUAUUAACGCUCUUGUUAACUACUACGUAGCCGUAUGUAUUAUAGUAUCGCCGAUAUAAGUAUUGUUUCCUCGUAUGUUUAAAAAUGCGGACUUUUUCGUUUAUUUAUUAUAGAAGAAGCGUAUUCGUCCUACGUUAUUUAUUUUUCUCUUAGUUCUUUUUUGUUCUUUUUUUUUCGUUCCAUCUUUUCUUUCAUUCGGUUUUUCUUUUUUUCGUAUUUCAAAAUAAGAUUUAAGAAGUCUGUAUAGAUGUUACGUAUUAGUUAUAUUACCGCUACUAUCACUGCGACUAUUACUACUAUUAAUGCUAUUACCAAUUAUUAUCGCUACUAUAAUACCGCGUUGAAUAUUGUAUAUAAGUGUGUGUAUAUAUCUUUAUAUAUAUAUUAUUAUAUAUAUAUAUAUCCUCUCUAGUAAUCGCGUAUAUGUACACACGUAUAGAUGGUAGAAACAAUACGCGUGCGUGUAUAAACCCAUUACAUCGUCAUUGUAAAGUUAGAAACUUGUAAAUAUAUUUCGCGACGAUCGUCUAGUAGGAAUCGGGAUGAAUCGCCUCGUUUCUUCGGCUUAGAAUCGUACGACCAAAUUCCUUGAUACUGUGUAUUAUACACUUGUACAUUAUCAUUAUCUAUACGCAUUGUAUAUAUAUAUACACACACGUACGCACUUGUCGCGUGUAUAUAUAUAUACACUCAUACAUAUAUAUAUUUAUAUAUAUAUAAAAGUAAUAUUACGCGCGAUAUUUAUGAGAAUGUGAAUAUAUAUAGUUAGUUAGACAAUUUGUGUACAAAAGAAAUUCUUAGGCUUAGGAUACGAAAAUUAGGAUAGAAUUCGUUGACGCCACUUGCCGCGGCGAGAGAGGCUCGAAAAUAAGGAAUUUGAUCGUACGUGCGUUUAUUCAGUCUAUUUUUCGUUAUUGAAAAAUUCAAUGUUAUAACAGUGGGAGUGCGCGUAAUGGUCGACUUCCUCGCGAGCAUAGAUUUAAACAGGGUAUAUAAAAAUAGAGAGAACUGCGCGGAAAGCGAAAAGAACGGAUGUAAGGUCGAAUUUCGUGGAGCAGGGACCGUGGCUCGAUGUGUUCGAAAUAAUGGCGGUUCUUCUUUUAGAUCCGGCAUUGUCCUCGCGCCCAGUGGCUCUUUCCAAAGUGACCGCUUUUGGUGGGCUACGUACGGUGCGAGCGGACCAAGAAAAAUGGAAUUUUGUUCCCGCGAAUUUCCUCCUCCGCGUUCUUUUCUUCAUUUUCGCCUCUUUCUCUUUCCUAGUUGCGCGACUUUUCUUUCUCGCGAGGACGUUUUCCUCUUUUCCAUUUAUUUUUUAUUUUUCUUUAAGUCUUUAUCCUUGCGUGUUCGUUUCUUAUUCAUUUUGUUUUUAUUAUCGUGCUCUCUCACCCCUCUCUCUCUCUCUCUCUCUCCCGAUCGAUCGAUCGAUCGAUCGAUCGAAACGAGGUGUUGUAGAUACGUUAAACGUGAAAAUUCAGACAUUCGCGGCAUAUACCAAAGCGCGAUAACGCAGCGUUAUUCCGCACGCGUUCUUUACGCCCAGCUGCAUCUUGUUUCUCUACGUUUUAUGUAGACCGCGCUAAAGCUUUAGUAGGCGUAAAGGAGAGCGUGUACGCGAGGAAAAAACGAGGUGGUUCGUCGGAUCAAUCGUCGAUAUGUGUUAGGCGAAAAGUUUGGUGGAUCUUCGAAGUCGUAAUUCGGAGAUCAUGGUAUCGAGAUUCCUAUGUGCUUCGAGCGGCGUCGUAUCCAGUUUUCCUUUUGUAUUAUAUAGUUCUAAUUAAAGAAAAUGUAUUCGCGAAUCGACGCGAAGCGAUGCCAGCUCGAAGACGCCUCUCAGCGCGCGACGAGUUCAAAGGAAAAUACAAAAUUCCUAGGUAAUUUAACUAAUUUAUGUAUAAUACGCACGUAUUGGUGCGUAUGUAGAGAGGAGACGAAUACUUAAAAGAAAAAAAAAAAAAAGAAAAUCAGUGGUGUAAAUUUGUGUUCACGGAUUAUCUUUUCCGUGAGCCACGCAAGCAAUAACAGGCAAGGCCUUGCGAACGUUAAAAUGCCUACUGUUUCGAUGCGAUAGAAACGCUUCAAACUAUUCAUUGCAGUAUUACUAAAUGUAUACAGAUUUUAAGACGACACACGAUCGACACACUUCACACAUCGGGUCCUACGUGCGUACUCGAUCAUACUUAUUACUCACACACGCAAUCGCAUACACACACACACACACACAACACCUACCUAUAUACCUACCUUUCAUGCACUUCAAACACACACUCGUACACGCAAAGUUCUAGACACAGGAUAAGGAUGAAGACUGUAAAUAGUUAGCACGUAAUUGAUAUUAUAGGCGACGAAACCUAUUAACAUCAAAUUUAUUUAUAGUAAAUUUUCCGAAACAUA